CGCGCGGGCGGGCGCGUGAGAGCUCCGUGUCGCCCCGCGUCACCUCGCGUCACCCCGCUCCGCCUGCUUCCCAGAGCCCGGCGCCCCGCCCCACGCGCAGGCGCAGUGCCGCUUUUCGGGUCCGCCCUUUCCCGAGAUUUGAAUUUUCCCCAGCAAUGAUAGGCAAAUACCCGGAUGGUGAUCGCUAGCCUUUUCGCGCCAAUACUCUUGCACAAGGGCUCAAGUGGACUCUGCCCAGGAGCCAGAGAGAGGAGUCACUGUCGACGCCCUUCCUGGACCUCCUCUUUUCAGGCUGGCGAAGAAAAAGGCUGAGGGCCCUUCCACGUCUGCCCUGCCACUGGCAGGACCGCUGCGGGCUCAGCUGGGAGACGAGGAACGCUGCUUUGCGAAGCCGUGUGUGUGAAUUCUGAACUCGCAGCGAGUCACGCCUGCGGUUCCGCAUGCAGCCCGAGUGCACGCAGGCGCUGUGCCACGUGGCUGUGGCCAGCUGCUUCUGCGUGGCCGUCGUCUGCACAGGGGUUUUCGAUGGAGUCUUCGUUCAGGUGGGCUACGAGCACUAUGCUGAAGCCCCGGUGGCCAGCCUCCCCGUCUUCCUCGCCAUGCCCUUCAACUCGCUCAUCAACUCGGCCUACGUGCUCCUGGGCGUGUACUGGCUGCGGAGCCCGCCCGGCGGCCCUGGGCGCCCCGCCGACGCCCGGGGGGCUCGCUACCUGAAGGACGUGUUUGCCGCCAUGGCCCUGGUCUACGGCCCGGUGCAGUGGCUGCGGGUCGCCACGCAGAUGCACGCCGCCGCUGUGCUCGACCAGUGGCUCACCUUGCCCAUCUUCGCGUGGCCCAUAGCCUGGUGCCUGUCCCUGGACAGGGGUUGGCAGCCCUGCCUCUUCCUGGCCAUCGAGUGCCUCUCCCUGAGCAGUUAUGGCCUGGCCUGGCUGCACCCCAACGGCUUCGAGGUCGCACUGGGCGCGCACAUCGCGGCGGUUGUGGGCCAGACCCUGCACGCCCACCGGCGCCACGGCGGCCCCUCGUCGGGAAGGUACCUGGCCCUGGGCAUGCUCUCCUGCUCGGGCUUCGUGGUCCUCAAGCUGUGGGACCACCAGCUCGCGCAGUGGCGUCUCUUCCAGCGGCUCACCGGCCACUUCUGGUCCAAAGUGUGCGAUGUGCUGCAGUUCCACUGUGCCUUCUUGUUUCUGACUGAUUUGCACGUCCGCCCAACGCUUCCUCCUGACCGGAAGACACGUUAACUUGCAGAAAGAAGCUGCUUCCGGCCCCUGGUGGCCACAGCGUCGCCAGUGGGAAACCUCCCGGGUGUGAUAAGAAAUGAGGGCUACGCAGAGGGCCGUCCCUUCCUUCAAAGCCACGGGCUUCAGUAUUUAGGGGUGAAGUGUUAUGCUGUGUACAACUCACUUUCAAAGCGAUAAAGCAAAUAUCCAAGUGCAGGGGAAGCAGGGAUUCACUGUACUAUUCUUGUAAUUUCACUGUACUUUCAAAUCCUUUCAAAAUCAAAUGGUGGCAGAAAGAGCCAGAGAAGUCUGUCAGGCUCACGGUGGCAGGAAAACAUUUGUCUGCAGUAGCUUCCCGAUUCAGGUGACAUUCGUGGGCUGCUGACAGGGAGACUGAGUCACAUCAAAUACAUGCCGAGCGGAGCGAUGGGGAAAUCAAGAGGUCACCGCUGCGCUGUGACAUCAGUGACAGCUGUGCUGACAGCAGGUCACGUGGAAGGAGCCACGUCACCUCAGACCCUUUGCGGAGCGAGGCAGAGUGUGUCCAGAUGAAGAAACACAGAUGUCAAAAGUUGAAUUCUCAACGCAAGUUGCGCUCAGAGCCAGGUUGUGGCUCUGAUGGCCUCCGCAGCAACGGUUACUGAAGUGUCAGGAGUCUGUUUCCAUGGAGAGACCCAGAGCACGGCAUGAACUGCAGUCUCCUGAUGGCACGUCAGGCAGGGCCCUGGAGUGGGCAUCUGGAAAGCUCCCCUCCAUGCAUCUCAUGCAAAUGGCAGUCUCCGAAGCAGUGAGCCCGGGGCUGACACUGGAAUUAACUCCCUCUUCAGCUCCUUGAAGGCUGUGCCGUCUGGCAGGCGUCUGGCCAGUAAAGACAAGGGUGAAGGCGGAGUUGAAAAGGAUACUGGGGGCCCCCAGGGGGCUCAGUCAAUUAAGUGUCCGGCUUCGGCUCAGGUCAUGAUCUCGCGAUUUGUGGGAUCGAG